AAAGUGAUCAUUGUUGGUCUGGAUAAUGCAGGAAAAACAACCAUUCUUUAUCAAUUCUCCAUGAACGAAGUGGUGCACACGUCGCCCACCAUCGGGAGCAACGUGGAGGAGAUCGUGGUGAACAACACCCGCUUCCUGAUGUGGGAUAUCGGGGGGCAGGAGUCCCUUCGCUCCUCCUGGAACACCUACUAUACAAACACUGAGUUUGUGAUAGUUGUUGUGGACAGCACAGACAGAGAGCGAAUUUCUGUGACUAAAGAAGAACUCUAUAAAAUGUUAGCACAUGAGGACUUAAAAAAAGCAGGUUUGCUGAUAUUUGCUAACAAGCAAGAUGUUAAAGAGUGCAUGACUGUAGCUGAAAUAUCUCAGUUUCUGAAACUGACUUCAAUUAAGGAUCACCAGUGGCACAUCCAGGCCUGCUGUGCCCUCACUGGAGAGGGGCUGUGCCAAGGACUCGAGUGGAUGAUGUCAAGACUUAAGAUCAGAUGAUUUUUAAUGACCUCUUUGCACAGACAUUGCUUGAGAAGAGCUGUACCCACAAUGACCUUCACAGUGGCAGAAUUGAUGGGUUGGGUGUAUUUAUACAGAACUGAUUUCAACUUUUAUUUUCUACAUAGAUGCACACACACAUACCUGUAUAUAAAUUAAGACUGUUCAGCAAAAAGAAAGAUGCAGCUGAGGCUCCAGUUUGGUUUCCUGUUUGUUUUCCUCCGAGGAUGCAUGUGAAAGCUGUGAUCAAUUUUCGUUUCAAGAUACAGCCACUCAGAACAGUCCAAUGUUGAGCGUGGUGAAGAUGAAGUGAGAGGAAGGAGCUUUUAAUUUUGAGUUUUAUUAUUCCAUGGUAGUCCUCUCUAGUUGAAGAUGUUGGCUUCAUUAUUCCAGUAAAUUAGCAAACAAAUGGAUGGCAUAGAUACCAACUUUCCAGUAUUUUUAAGGUUACCGGUGUUACCAAUGCAAAAAUAUUUUCCUGUAUGUGUACUGUACAUAUUUAUGUAUAUUUAUACCUCAAUUUUAGGUUAAUUGCAAUCUGUUCAGACCAGUGUGUCAAGCUGAAUCAGUAUCUUGACAGCAGUACUAAUACCUGACAUGGCCAACAUGUCACGACUUCUUUUCCU